ACGACGAAGAAAGACGAAAAUAUUCGCUUGGGGUUGACGUUUGCGUUUGGAUCGUUUUUGGCACCAAUCGAAAAAGUGUUUGCAUCCCCACAACCGUGACAAAUAAACCAUUGUAGCUGGCUGCGAAAACGGUUGUAUCUGCAUUGGCACACGCCACCAGGAAACACACCGCCGUGUCUGGUGUAAUCGAGCAGCUGAGUGCGACCGUCCAAACGCUAUCCGAGGGUGUGCGCCGAUUCGCGGUCGGUGGCCGUCGCACAGUUGGAAUGUCGGAGGAGCGCCCUGCUCCCGCUGCGUCUUCCUCCCCACCACAUCACGCACCAAUGCUGCAUUGUCUCGGUGGGGCGUUCGAGGUGGACGCUGAUCCCACUACGAGUCUGCUGACCGCGGCCGCCUCUGCAGCAGUUACGGCCGCUUCAUCCACUGUUCCGGCCGCCGGUUCCGCCAUCGCAGGUGCAUCCGUUGCCCUGACGGAACCAGCGUCGGAUCCCACCAUCACGCCCCUUGGCCCAUCGCCACCGGGCUCCGUCGUGAACGGUGUAGCUGGACCGGAUCCGUCCACCGGACUACCCGACUUUCUACCGUACGAUGACACGGAAGACGACGACGGCGAAGAUUCGAUCAGCAUCGAACGAAUACGCCAGUAUCUGUCCGACAAGCUCGGUUUCUAUACGGCCGAUCGAUUGGACGAUAAGGAUGGUGCGGAUGGUGGCGCUAGCCGGAGAGUGCUGGAAACGGUCGACAUCGAGGGUGUGCUGAAGCAUUGGAAAAAUGGAGGCUUUAAAAAGAUCGUCACCAUGGUCGGUGCUGGUAUAUCAACCUCCGCUGGCAUACCGGACUUUCGAUCGCCGGAUACGGGGCUGUACAACAAUCUGAUGAAGUACAAUCUGCCGUACCCGCAGGCCAUCUUCGAGCUAGAGUAUCUUUACCGGAAUCCGAAACCGUUCUUUACGCUGGCAAAGGAACUGUACCCGGGCACAUUCAAACCGACACCGUCACACUACUUCGUGCGGCUGCUAGAGCAGAAGGGUUUGCUGGUACGCCAUUACACGCAAAACAUCGACACGUUGGAACGCAUCGCUGGCAUUAGCGAGGAAAAGAUCGUCGAAGCACAUGGGACGUUCUACACCAACCACUGUCUCCAGUGCAAGACGGCCUAUAGUUUGGAGUUUGUGAAGGAAAUAAUCUUCACCGACGAAGUUCCAACCUGCCCAUGCGGAGGUGUCAUCAAACCGGACAUCGUGUUCUUCGGCGAAGGUUUGCCAGAACGGUUUCACAUGCUUCCGCACCAGGAUUUUGCCGAAUGUGACCUGCUAAUCAUUAUGGGCACGUCGCUUACCGUACAACCGUUCGCAUCUCUGGUUGAGUACGCGAAUGAUUCUUGUGUCCGGCUUUUAAUUAACCGGGACAAGGUCGGGUGCAGUAAUAUCGGUUUCCUGCGCUCGAUGAUGUUCGGCGAAGGGUUGUGUUUCGAUCUGCCCGGCAAUCGGCGAGACGUAGCCUGGACGGGUAAUUGUGACGAUGGAUGUUUCUUCUUAGCCGAUCAACUUGGUUGGGGUGAUGAACUGCGCAAGCUAAUUGAAACGGAGCAUGCAAAGAUAAAACCUAUUCGACCCCUUCCAGUGAACCCGGCUGUAGCACCUUCCGUUGAAGGUACGGACGGGGUGGUAGAUAUGGAACCGACACCGCUCGCGGACAUCGGCCAGCAGCAUCAGCCACAUCCGAUCUUAACCGAUGAUCAAUGUUUGGACGAAAGCGAAUGUCUGGUGCAGGAGGAUGAACACUUUAACGAUAUUGCCGACGGUCUUUCGACGCAGGGCGCUGUGGGCUGCCCUGGUGUUGAGGAAAGUGUCCAAGCAAUGGCUACCGAUUCACAUCAUGACCAUGAGCCGUCACUGCAUGCACACCAUCAUCAUCAUCAUGAACAUCAUACUUCAGAAGUAAAUGAUCUUCAUCAUCAUCAUCAUCACCAUAAUGCGCAUGAUCCUCAUCAGCAGCACGAAAAGAUGGACGAACAUCAUGACGAUGAGGUGGUGUUAGAGCAGCAUCCGAAGGCGGCUUUGUCACUGGAAGACAAAACUUAAACCAUC